AUGAUUUUCAAGUACACUAGACACCCUAGGGUACAACGGAGGGUGGAAGGUAGGUUAACAUAAUGAUUAUUGCCUAAUCAUGCUAUUGUUUUUACCAUUGCGUAUUCUACCAUACCCGUUCAAACCAAGUCCUACUGUCCUAUACUACGUUACUUUUGUAUUAUCUUUAGCUUUGUCUUUUCUUAACCUACUGUUACAUAAAUUACCGUACCUUUACUUGCACCCCUUUAUAUUACUUUAAGCUACCCCAUCCCGCUCUACCCUGCUGUAGUCUACCCUACUUUAUCCUACUUUACCAUAUUUUACUUUAUCUACAUUUUUGUUAUCACUUUUAACAUAAUAUGAUAUGAACUUAGCAGUCUAAGCCGCCCUGUUAGUCUGAUCAAUUACCCAUUCGUUCUACAACAAAUUGCAAUAAUUAAAAACUCAUAAAAACCUCAUUUCCAACACCUUUGCUUUGCCUCAAACACGAUUUGUCAGCCCAACGUUAUACUUUUGUUAUUGCCUUCAAGCCACCAUGGAUAAUAUAUUUUAAAGUGGCUAAACUAUCUGAUCUACUUCUUAUCUAUUUUAUAAUUGAAAGUAGAGUUGCUUCUUACUAAUACAAACAUAUUUUCGAUAUUUAUCUCUACAAGUCUUACCUAAACUUCCAUUUUAUUACCUAAAAACUAAUAUUUAAGCCCAAAAGCUCCAAAGUAUUACUUAAAAUAUUCUGAUAAAAGACAAAUUAAUACUAUACGAAAAACGUUUAAAAAUGUUCAUAUUUCGCCCCCUUCCAGCGGUCGAAAUGUUUUGGAACUUGGUAACGGACAAAUACCACAAAUACCAUGCCUCCCAUAUUGUGAUGGCCUUGAUUAUAAUAUUGUACAGUUUGUUCGGAGCCGUUGUGUUUGUUGCUUUAGAAGACGGAAAUGAGAAAGCUCACAUCCAGGAGAGACAUCGAACCGCAGUUGUGAAGCAGGACAUUGCUCGGAAUGGGCUGAUCACUGAAAUGCAGGUAACAUAUUAGUUUUAUUGACAACGCUUUAAACUUUUAAUGAAAUUUUAAUAUUUAUAAAUUUAUAACAGUAAAAUAUACAGUUCUGGGUGUAAAAAUCAGGUUAUAAUCAACUUUAGUGAAAUAGCCCAGAAAUUUAAAAAAAAACCUUCUCUUCUUUCGUAUAGAAAGUUUCCGCAGUCUGCAAGAUAACGUUUGCGAGCUGCGUCUAUAUCAUUCUGGUUUUUCAACUUUUUGUCGGUAAAAACAAGUAAUACCCUUCAAAACAUGGUAAAACUAGCUUCUCUGAACCUUUUUAGUCCUAAAAUUUUAAAAAAUUAACAACUUAACUUAUAGUACAUCUUCUUUCGUUAUGUCAACAUUACGGCACUUCAUCAACGCCCGUUCCAAGAGAUUCUGGACCGAUACGAUGCUCAAAUGAACUUCAAAUUGGAAGCGGAUAAGAAGGAUAGGAUUGAUAUGAUCUACGAAAAGUCGAGAUGGGACAUUUGGGGCGGAUUAUAUUAUUCUAUUACACUUUACACGACGAUCGGUAAGAUUUUUGUUUUGUUUUUGGUGUUUUAGGUAAAAUGUUGGUGAGAAGAAGGUAACAAUGGUUUUAUUCUUUUGCAUAACGUUCUUCAAAGAUUUUUAUACCUUUAAUUAAGUUUGUAAUGAUGUUUUAUUGAAUAAAAACCUUUCAUUUCCUUAAAAUAUCUAAAUUAUUUCAGGUUAUGGCGACAUAGCGGCCAGAACCUUCUACGGCCGCUUAUUCACCAUCUUCUACGCCAUCGGAGGUAUCCCAUUGGUUAUUACUGUUCUCAACAUAUGGGGUGGUGGUCUAUUCGAGCUAAUGCAAAGCAUUUGGAACAACUAUAUUAUGAGAUGUGUGAACAUGUUCAAGUCAACAAAGAAACGAAAGCCAGUAGCCGAGUACGAUGAAUUCGACGGUGAAUUUGGAGACGAUGCAUGUGUAGACUUGUUGGAAAAGAAGGAUGAAUUUGAGAUUCAGAAGCCACAACUUCCUCUACAGUUGGCGUUAUUUGUGUUUGUUCUGUGGAUUGGACUGUGCACGGUGGUGUUUAUGUUAAUACAGAAAUGGGACUUCUUUACUGCCCUUUACUACUGUGCUAUUUCUUUGACUACUAUUGGUAAGUUUUAAAAAAGAUUAGAAAACAUUGGUUUUUUACGUACAUAUUUAAAAAAUAUGGCUUCAAAAAUUUUUCAGGCUUGGGGGACAUUACCGUAUCGCAUCAAAUUGGAGUUAUUAGUGCUAUAUUGAUCAUGCUUGGCUUAUCAGUGGUUAGCAUGAGUAUUAACAUUAUUCAGCUUCACAUCGAGUACGUUUUUGCCAAAAUCAUCAAAUCUAUCGACAAUGACUUCAAGAGAAUUUUAGUCGGUAAGAAUUUCGAUAUUUUUUGAUUUUUAGGUAACAAUUCACUGCGGAUUGUCGUAUUUUACUUUACACAAGAAUGUUAGCUAAUAUCACCUUCUUAAGUUUAUAUUUAACAAAUUUUAAUUUUAGGACAUAUUUUUUAUCUAAAGUUUAAGUUAGAAGGCUUUUGUUACCUAAAUUUUAAAAUAAACGUAAAUAUCAUUUAAGAAAGUAAAAGUUGAUUGAUAUUUUAGAAGAAAGACGAAAAAUGUCAAUAGCAACAAGCAUGAGCGAUCAAAAUAUCGUCAGAAAGAAUACCAGCACUGUUCUUUCUAUUCCAGUCCCAACAUUAGAGGAGCAAGAAGAUUAUAGAAGGCGGAGCACGGCGGCCGAACUUAAUCAAGGUGAAUAUUUUUGGAACUUUAAUCCGUUUUAAGUUAAAAACAACAAUCUGUCUUUCCAGAAGACGUUGACGCGAUAAGAAAAUACGCCUCAUCCAUGUCGGUCAUGGAUAAGAUGCUAGUCCAACUCAUGAGCUCUCAUCAGAAAAAGAUGUUAAACGAAAGAGUGGCAGAGAAGAAUAAAAUGCGAAACAAGUAUACCCAAACGGAUGAGAAGAAGAUCUCAACCGCAGCCCAAACCGAAAAUGGCAAGAAUAAUGAGUUGGGCGGAUUCGUGAGGACUUCAAUGAUUUCGACGGAUUCAGAAAGCGAAGAAGAAGAUAACACACCAGUUGGAGCUAACUUGAUGAGCAGUCCUAGUGCCAUGGUUAAUAUUGGCGUAGCACGUCCAGGACAGAACAUUCAACGACCGCAGAGGAAACGAGGAUUGAGUAGGAAAAAGCUGUACAUUUACAAUAUUGGGGACUAA